AUGGGCGCAGCCUCACAAGGAAGAAACUGAAGAAAAAGGUGGUGCUAAAAGGAAAAGUGGAGGAAGGCCUAGUAGAAGUAGAAGCACUGCUAUCUCCGCUACUCCGUCAUCUAGUAAUAAGACAACUACAUCACCUACAUCAGUAACAACAAGUCCCUACGACGCCGUGAUCCAGCGUGUGACCCAUAAGGUGCUAGAGGAAGCACCGACAAGACACCGUGGUCAUGCGUGGAACCACUUUUUCGCUGCAUCGUUCAUCUUCCUGGCCAGGAACUCUAUUGGGCAGUACCUUCAAAUCGCGCUAGAUAUGCGAAAGAUGAAGGCGUGGUACGAUAAAGAGAAUGAUAGACCAGCACGGGUGGCGGAUAUUCUGGGUAUACCACUGUUGAAGCUGGACAACAACCGCAGGAUGCUAGUAUUAAGGCUACCGCAGGAUGCUAGUAUUAAGGCUACCGUGACCACACGGCCGAGAGAAAAACACGGCCAUGACUACACAGGGCGGUGGCAUAUAGUCCUAACGAAAGAAAAGAGAGAUGCCCGCAAGAGGGUAGCCGACGUCGCCGACUGAGUGAAUGAAUGAAUGAAGCACGUCCUUAAGAACUACAGAAGCAUCCUUGGAUCUUCUUUUUCUACUUGAAAAACAGCUGAGGGUGAGGCUCCAGCACAACCGAACUACUACAACAUCUACACGAAAUUCUCGCAUGCUGAAGCAUUUCCUUGGAACUAGAGAAGCAUCCUUGGAGGAUGUUCUUUUUCUACAUCCAAGAAAUACUGUCAGACCACGUCUCUACGGUCACCAUGAACGGCGAUAACGGGGACAAGAGCAUGCAUGCUCUCAGGGAAGAUGCGAACGCGGUAGCUCUAAUAGUAGUGGAGCGACUUACUCCAAACGGAUGGGCACAACAGCAGGGCUUUCAGGAACAAGUAGAUCGCAUCUUGAUCGUAAACGGCGAGGCGAUUGAGAAGAUGACGGAUGCAGAUAUUGAGGCAUACUUCUUAACGGAAAGGGAUUAUGCGGAGGAAGAGGAUGGCGAAGAGGAUACUACUAGACAUUCUGCUGGGGAACAAGUUAGCAAACUAGUGGCAUCUUCAUCUACGUCUGAUGGUGGUCCUCCUCCAAUCGGAGGAGGAGCAAGCAAGGCAUUCAAG